UAAACUAAAAUAAAAUAUCCUCAACCAACAAACCAACCACCCACCAAUUCCCCAUCCCCAUCACCAUCACCAUCACCAUUCACCACUAGUCAAAAACCUAAAUCCCCAAUCCCAAAACAACAAACCCUAACCACCAAUGUCAACCCAAUUACGAGCCAUAACCCUAACCCACGUUCGCUACCAAACCGGAGACCACAUCGGCCACUUCUUAGCCUGGAUCUCCUUAAUCCCCGUCUUCAUCAGCCUCGGCGGUUUCGUCUCCCACUUCAUCUUCCGCCGUGAACUCCAAGGCAUCUUCUUCGCAUUCGGCCUCUUAAUCGCCCAAUUCAUCAGCGACUCCAUCAAACUUUUCGUCCAACAAGCCCGACCCGAUACCUGCAUCAUGCUCGAGAUGUGCGACUCCCACGGCUGGCCCUCCAGCCAUUCAAACUACAUGUUCUUUUUCGCUACUUAUUUCACAUUGUUAACCUAUCAAAGAUAUGAUAUGAUAUUAAAAAGACAAAUGUCUUUUGCCUGUUUUGUUGUCUGGCCUUUAGCUGUUUUGACCAUGUGGUCUCGUGUUUACUUGGGGUACCAUACCGUCGGUCAAGUGUGUGCGGGUGCGAGUCUAGGGAUGUUUUUAGGUUUUGUGUGGUUUUGGGUGGUGAAUGCGAAGAUUAAGAAGCGGUUUUUGGCGAUUGAGGAGAGUUCGAUUGGGCGGUGGUUUUAUAUUAAGGAUACUUCGCAUAUACCGAAUUUGUUGGAGUUUGAGUAUGAGAACGCUAGAGCGGCGAGGAGGCAUCCGUCUUAUAAGCGGUCCGAGUGAAUGGAGAAUGGUUAGUUUAACUUUAGAUGUGUAUGGUCAUAUUGUUUUAUUGAUGUCAUAAGGGUUAUCGAUUGUUUGUUGCGACUUGAAAACCGGAAUAAGAUAGUUAGGUGACGGGGUUCAAACAAGCGAUCCGUUUUGUGAUAAUUUAAGUUUUAUUUUAGAUUGUUGAUUUUAUUAUUUAUCUUAAUUAUUAAGUCUAGAUGUUGGUUAUGUUGACCGAAAUUAAUAUUUCGGCUAUAGUAUUUUAUUUCAGAUAAGAGUGUAGUCGAGUUUCAGUUACUUUAGAAUAGCUUAUAAAUAAAGGUUCGUUUGUAAUGUGUAUGACAUCGUUUGAUAUUAAUAAAUUUUCUCUCUAAACGUUUGCUA